AUGAUCAAUCCUGUACUUCAAAAGACAAGACGUUCUAUCAGUAUUGAAUAUUUACGAGAGAUUUCAUUUCUUAUUCAUCAACUUGAAUGUAUUGAGCUAGACAGAUUACUAUGGACUACAUAUUUACGUUCUGGUACAGGUACAUUAAAGCCACAAUCAACUACUACACUCUCAUUGUGGCCUGUACAAGUCAAAACAAAAAUGAUUGCUUGUGGUCGAACACCUGUAUCUGAUCCAAAUGAAAUAGAUCAUGAUUCUUCUCAAUUGAAAGAAAGAAAACAACAUUUAAACAACUAUUGGGCAUAUGAAAUCGAAGAAGCUAUCACAAAAUUUGUUCAACAACAUGUCAUACCAUUAUAUAAAGUACCCACAGAAGGACUCAUUGCUACUGUCAAAUAUGAUUAUAAUGAUCGAUUAAUUCAAAUAGAAUAUGAUCAACAAAAUCCGAAUGAAUAUCAAAAACAAAUAUUUGAAAAUCUUACUCAAGUUAAAUAUGAAAAAGAAACAGCUAAAUUUGAUGUUGCUAUAUUGAAACAUCGUAUUGUUUAUAAUCAUUUACCACAAUCAUUUGAAUCACUUCAAAUACCUGCGCCCAUCUCCUUAGAUACAAUUAUUGAUAGAACUACUCGUCAACGUUUAACAGAUCAAUGUGAGAAAAUUUUACAACGAACAAAAUCUGACAUGAUGAUGGUUUAUAUCACCACAGCCGAAGCAAAAAUGAAUGAAUAUCAAAAUAAAUUUGAUACUGACUUGGCUAAAAUGAAAGAAAAUCAACGUACCAGUUCACAACAUCAGAAAUUAACUCAUACUAUGUUGGAUAUUAUGGAACGACGUUUCAAAAAUAUAAAUGAACGUCUUAUAUGUCUUUACAAAUUAAAAUUACGUUUUUUCGUCAAAGCUCCGACGGUCAAGAAUUAG